AUGGACACCGACACCGACUUCGACACCGACACCGACACCGACACCGACACCGACAUCGACUCUUACACAUUUACAGAAAUGGACACCGACACUGAUACCGACACCGACACCAACACCAACUUCGACACCAACUUCGAUACCGACUUCGACACCGACACCGACAUCGACACCGACACCGACACAGAUAUCGACUCCUACACAUAUACAGACUUCGACACCGACUUCGACACCGACACCGAUACUGACACCGACACCGAUUUCGACACGGACUUCGUCACCGACAUCGAUACCGACACCGACACCGACAUCGACUCUUACACAUUUACAGAAAUGGACACCGACACUGAUACCGACACCGACACCAACACCAGCUUUGACACCGACUUCGACACCGACACCGACAUCAACACCGACACCGACUUCGACACCAACUUCGAUACCGACUUCGACACCGACAUCGACACCGACACCGACACAGAUAUCGACUCCUACACAUACACAGACUUCGACACCGACUUCGACACCGACACCGACACUGACAUUGACACCGAUACUGACACCGACACCGACUUCGACACUGACUUCGUCACCGACACUGACACCGACAUGGCCACCGACACUGACACCCAUUUCGACACUGACUUCGUCACCGACAUCGACACCGACUUCGACACCUACACAUAUUCAGACAUGGACACCGACACCGACAUCGACACCGACAUCGAUUUCGUCACCGACAUCGACUCCGACUUCGACACCGACUUCGACACCUACUUCGACACCGACUUCGACACCGACUUCGACUUCUACACAUAUACGGACAUGGACACCGACACCGACACUGACACGGACUUCGACACUGACACCGACUUCGACACCGACUUCGAUACCGACUUCUACACCGACACCGAUAUCGACUCCUACACAUAUACAGACAUGGAUACGAACCUGACACUGACACCGACACCAACACCAUCUUCGACACCAACUUCGAUACCGACUUCUACACCGACUUCGACACCGACACGGACCCCGACACUGACACCGACACCGAUUUCGACACGGACUUCGUCACCGACAUCGAUACCGACACCGACACCGACAUCGAUACCGACACCGACACCGACAUCGACUCUUACACAUUUACAGAAAUGGACACCGACACUGGUACCGUCACCGACACCAACACCAGCUUUGACACCGACUUCGACACCGACACCGACACCAACACCAACACCAACUUCGACACCGACACCGACACUGACAUUGACACCGAUACUGACACCGACACCGACUUCGACACUGACUUCGUUACCGACAUCGACACCGACUUCGACACCGACACCGACUCUGACAUUGACACCGAUACUGACACCGACACCGACUUCGACACUGACUUCGUCACCGACCUCGACACCGACUUCGACACUGACACUGACACCGAAACAUACUUCGACACUGACAGCGAUACUGACACCGACACCGACUUCGACAUCGACUUCGACACCGACUUCGACACCGACACCAACACUGACAUUGACACCGAUACUGACACCGACACCGACUUCGACACCGACACCGACACUGACAUUGACACCGAUACUGACACCGACACCGACUUCGACCGACUUCGUCACCGACAUCGACACCGACUUCGACACUGACACUGACACUGACACAUACUUCGAUACUGACACCGACACCGACUUCGACACUGACUUCGUCACCGACGUCGACACCGACUUCGUCACCGACACCGACAUCGACUUCGACACCGACACCGAUAUCGACUCCUACACAUAUACAGACUUCGACACUGACUUCGUCACCGACCUCGACACCGACUUCGACACUGACACUGACACCGAAACAUACUUUGACACUGACAGCGAUACUGACACCGACUCCGACUUCGACAUCGACUUCGUCACCGACAUCGACACCGACUUCGACACCGACAUCGAUUUCGACACCGACACCGACUUCGCACCGAUUUCGACACUGACUUCGUCACCGACAUCGACACCGACUUCGUCACCGACACCGACAUCGACUUCGACACCGACACCGACUUCGCACCAACUUCGAUACCGACUUCGACACCGACUUCGAUACCGACACUGA